UUGCUGCUUCCUUCUUCUAUGGCUUGUUGUUCCUGUUUGUGAAAGAAAAUGUUAUCUGGAUUUUUCUUUUGAUCCUUGCUAUUUCUUCUUCUUCACCUGUACGUUUGUCUUUUAGUAUAUCACCGCCUUUCUUUCACCUGUACAUCUUUGUUCGCUCUUUGGUUAUUGGCACGAAUCCUCCCUGAUUUUCUUCUUCGCCUAGUUGAUUCUAAAUCUGCAAAAUAAUACCGCAUGAGAGUUAAAAUUUACUCUAACGCCUUCGCUUUGAUUCGCCUUUUGCACAUCGUUCUUCUCUUUUGAUGUUCCUGUCCAUCGUUGCUUUGCGUCUUUCUUCUUCAUGUCCGCCCCUGGGUAGUUGAAGUUGACUUCAUCCUGUAAACCUAGAAUACGUAUUUGCCUUAUGGGUUUCAAUGUAGCUUUGUUUAAUCUCACUUUGUUCCUCCUCGUGUAUUCUGCCAAUUUCACCUGUCACCUUCCUCCGCAUAUGUGAAGAUGAUGUCUUCGCAUACGUGUAUUUUGCCUGAGAUGUUGAUUAACGAUGGUCUCUUCGCCUGUGGUACUUUCUCUUCGUGCUUUAAUGAUUUUUUCCUUCCUCCUCGGUUUCAAGCACAAGAAACCUGCAAUGUCGAGAGUUAGUUUUUGUUUUCUCCUUUGCCACUCUUACUGAGCUUUGUUAACCUCUUUGUUGUCCAGCUUCGGUUAUGUGCCUCUUUAAGAUCGUCUCUUUGCUGGUUCGUAUCCAUGAAGCAUAUAUUCAUCGCCUGUUGCUGGCUUUGUCUUGCCGUUGACUUUUUUCUCACCUGGUUUCCAUCUUUCCUUCAUCUUUUCACUCGCUUGUAGCUUCAUGUUUUCGCCUGUAAGUAUACUUUGCUGCAAGCAAACAACCACCAAAAGAAUAAUUUGGAAUAGUUUAUGUUAAAAUAAUUCAUCGUCUUUGAAGUAAUUGGUGAUGCAACUUCGAUCUGUCUCCUUCAUUCCUUCGCCCUUUCGUUUUUCUUUUCAUCCUGCACGGCAUAGAGAACGCAUGAAUGGUAAGUGCAAGAAUUCGGAGUGAGCCUGGUUUCUUUCAUCGCCUGGAUUGGCCGAAUGUUUAUCUGUGCUGCUCUCUUCUUCCACCUGUUCUUCUCUAUUUGCCAAUUUCGAUAAUUGCAUGCUCUUUUGUUCCUUAAUUGGUAGCUCUCUGUGUAAGACAUAUCAUCGCCUUUGGCUGUUUAAGUAUGAGACGCUUUGUCUUCGCAUGGAGUAAGUCCUUUCCUUCAUCUGAGCUCUCUCCUUUAUCUUUGGGUGUUCCUUUUCUUUUUUCCCCUACACAAGGAUAGAAAAUAAAACAGUCCAGUAACUAUAUAUUCGCCUUUGUACGUCUUUAAAUCUUGUUUGCCCUCUGCGUCUUUGAAGCUUCUUUGGCCUGAGAAUUUUUCCUGUGCGUCCUUGAGCUUCCCUGCCCUAUGCCAUGACCUAGCGGUAGCUCUCCAAGCUUUUUUUUGCUCUUUUCGACGCCUUUAUUUUCCCAUUAUUUAAUCUUUCUCCUUUUUACGCUUGCUCCAAUUAUAGAUACUUCCCUGUACUACCUUGUCUCUGCGAAGGCAAAAUAUUUUAAGAGAAAUUUUUUAUUAGUGAUUGUUGUAGCUUUCUUUCUUUCCCUGUACUUCUCUUCUUGUACUCUUCUGUUGAUAGAGCCAGGUCGAAUCCUUUCUUUAUUGUCGCCCUUAGCCAUUUGAUCACCCUUCUUUCUUCUUCGUGCUCCUGGCUAUGCAUUCGCGCUGAACUGGUGGUGUUAUAUUUCGCCUUUGCUUUGUGUACACUUCUUUGGCUUUCGUCAUUCCUUUAUUUUCACCCUGUUGGUAGUAAUUCCACGACUAAAGCUGAUCUUCUUGGCAGAAUGACUGUUUUUCCUUGGUGCAUGGAAUUGUGUCUUUGAGUUUAUUUGUCUAAGUAUGAGCUUGCUGGCAAAUUGAGUCUUUGUGUCCUUCUUCGCGUGUUGUUUCUUCCGCUUUGAGCUGUUGGUGUGAUGUCAUCGCCCUACAUACUGGAUCAAUUCAUCGUGCUGGAUUUUAAGUGUUGGGGCUAUUGUGAACGUUGUCUUCGCAUACUCUCUUUACUUCGCGUUUUCUUCGCGUUGGACCUGUUGAUAGAACAGAGAAACUGCAAAAUAGUCCCGCAUAAGAGCAGCAAAGCAGAGAAGUAGGCAAGCGCACUCCAGUUGCUUCAAAAGCAUAAGGAAUUUUGUUAAGAUGACACCUGAGAAAAGUCUUGACACUGCAUCGACAAACGUUGGUAACUCCAAGCCAAACACGGAUGAUUAAUUUUUUACAAAGUCUUCUUCACUUAGGAGAGCUCAUCCCAAGUAUGUGGCGAUCCUUUUGACCGGCUCAGAAAAUGAAGGAGAGGUCCAGUCGGUUCGGCCGGGCCGCGUAAUGCGGUUUUGCCUUCAGAGGAAAGAGUAUCAUGCUUCUCCAAUCGACUUCAAAAUCUGUCAAAGUCCAUUGCGCUCUUUUGAUAAAUGGAUGCAAUUUAUGAUAAGUCAAGACUGUGUGAGGGACAAUUUAACCCAGGCGUAAAUCAUUGGAGCUGUCACGGCUUCUGCAACACUUCAAGUCAGGAAAGACAUCCCGGGCUUGAUCAUAUUUGUCUCCAGAUGGUGCUCAGAUACUCAUACCGCCAUAUUCAGGUGGGGUGAAAUGACCAUCUCUUUAGAGAGUGUAGCUGUCUUGCUGAACCUUCCCAUAACAGGGAAUCUUGAUAUCACGUUGUCCGACGAUGAAGAAAAAAUGUGUGCCACUCUUGCCGAGAAUUCUAAAGGAUUCUUUCGGAAGGAUUACGAGACGAAGUGCUUCUACAGCUGGUGGGUGUUUGAGUGGCUCCCUGAUGAGCCAGAGUCGGACCUAGCAUUAGAUGACACUCUCCAUGUUGCUGCAUUUUUAGCUCUGUGGCUGUCCAGAGAUAUUUUUGAUGACGGCUCUGGUAAGAAGGAGAUAAGGCGAGGGCUUAUUAAAUUUUCCAUCAAACUGGCGAAAGGCGUCGUUCUUCCUAUUGGUGGCUUGUUUCUUGGUUCUUUGUAUGCCCAUUUGGAUCAUCUGGUCGCAGAUAUGCACGCUUCAAAUGGUUAUAUGAAGGUGGACUCGUAUGUUCACGUCGUUUUUCUCCAUGCAUGGUUGUGGGAGCAUUUCGCAAAAUAUGCUCCCAAACCGUUGGCUCCACUUCACGAGUCUUGUGGCGGCUCCAGAAUACUGCGAUGGUCAAAUAAGCGCCCAAAAUCCGGAGCAAAGCUUAUCGAUUUUAUUGACAAUGCCUAUGCCGUUAGUUUUCGUCCCUGGGGUCCAGUCCAUGCGUCCAUAGUUCAGCCGAACACUUUCGCCGUUGCUCCGAACUUGAAUUUGCUUUCUGCUGAAGAGAAUAUGAGCGUUGGAGAGGUCGUAUAUAUGCGGAGUUGUUUCCCUGGACACGUGACAUCUUUCUUCCGGGUAUGUUGCAAGGCGGUCCCUUAUAAUAUUGACAGGGCGACUCGUCAUAUGGGUUUUCACCAAGGGGUCCCAUUUAUUCGUCACCCAGUUGCUCCGGAAGAGUUGUUUCCAGUGUUCUCGCGCCAGGUAAAAGUCUUCCUUUCCUGUUCCCAUAACGAAGUUCGGUGACAACCCCUAGGUAUAACAAGUUCUGGCAGGAUGGGUUUCUUGCCAUCCAUUGAUUUGUGAACGAUGUUGUGGAAAAUACUGGUGGCAAGCCUUCCUCUGUGACUUUAGCGGAACAUCAACUGUUGAGGGAGCCUUCUACUGCUAAGCGAAAAUCUCCCAGCCUGGAUGUGGGAAGUUCCCAGAAAAAUGAGCGAAGGUCUAAAAACCGCGCGGGUGGUUUCCGGUCGGAUAUGGAAGUUCCCAUGAAUUUUAAUUCUUCUAACAUACAUGGUCUUGACAGUACAAACGCCUUUUCCAGGCUUGCACAAAAAUCGGCAAAUAAGUUUCCUGAAUACGAAGAAGAAGAAAGCUCGGGAUCCAGAGGUGAUGAUGAAAGCACUUCUGAAAGUAACGAUGAGUCUUUCUCCGGCGGGUCCGCAAAUGAUUUGGGAGGAAUUGUUUCUGAAGAUGGCCUUGAGGUGGAGACUCGCCAUGAUGAAGGUCCAACCGUGGAAGUCGCGCCAGUUGGCGAUUUGGAAAUGGAUGUUGACAAUACCGCGAACCAGAUGUGGAAAAUACUCCGGCGACCGUUGGCGCAAUCGUAGUCGGGAAUCCUCUGUCGGUCACAGAUUCGGUUACGAGCGCCAUUUUCGCUCCUCCAUAUUUGGCUCCCCAUGAAGACUACGUGUUGAUUGGAGGCUUCAGUGUACCAGCUAAGCAUGCGGAGUUGUAUACCAAAAUAUGGGAGAAGUACAGACAUAUCGCAACGACGAAGAAGAUUACUAGCCGUUUCGCGUUGGUUAAGAGGCUGGAGGAAAUAUUAUCUUCAAUUCGCGAUAUGUGCAAAAUGACUGGCCAUACCGUUUCUCGAUAUGAGAUCUCAAACUGGGAGUUUCACCGGGACUUGUGCGUAGACUUUGAGUUUAAUGCUUCCUGGUUCUGUGAGGGAUUCUCCGAGAUUCAAAAGCUGCAGGCUGGAGCGGUUGAUGGCCCUUCUGCGGAUUUGAUUAAUCAACAGGUGGCAGAAGUCGAGAAGUUGUCCCAGGAGUUAAAUCUGAAGCAGGAGGCUCUUCAGAGCAUGAUGGAUAUUUUCUCCAAGAAGAACGAGCCGUUGUUAAGCAAUUUUCCUUGAAUACUUUUACUUUCUGAACUCCUUUUCUUAGGGUUUUUUCUUGAAGGGAAAACAAAACGCCUAGUUAUAGUUUGAUUUCUUUUUGGAUUUGUGGAUUGAUAGAGAAUUGUUACUUGUGAGAGUUUUGGAUUAUUUUGGAAUAAUGGUCUUUUGAUA